AUGACAACUACACUAGACACCACACCAUUAACUGAGAUUCCAACAGUAGUGAACAAAUGCCGCCAGGGUUUUCAAACAGGAGCCAUUCGAUCAAUAAAAGAUCGUAAAUCUCUCUUGCGUUCUCUUCUGCGUAUGUUGGAUGAGAACGAGUCGGCCCUCUGCACAGCAGUCCACACAGACCUGCGAAAACACGUGAACGAAACAACUCUGAUGGAACUCUCCGUACUUCGCGCGGAACUUUAUCACAUGUUAGAAAACCUGAAUGAAUACACGGCGGUGGAGAAGCUGCAGCUUGGCGGGGCUUUCGUAUUUGAAGACUGUGAGGUUCGCAGUGAACCGCUCGGUGUUGUUCUUGUGAUUGGGGCGUGGAAUUAUCCCGUGCAGCUCACACUACUGCCGCUGCUGGGUGCCAUUGCGGCUGGGAAUACAGUCGUGUUAAAGCCAAGUGAGUUGGCCCCCGCUACCGCCUACAUUUUAGAGAAAUUACUCAGCGAUUAUCUUCCAGAGAAUGUUGUCGGUGUUGUUAAUGGUGGAGUUGUGGAAACCACACGACUGUUGGAGGAACGAUUUGAUCAUAUUUUUUAUACCGGAGGUUCACGAGUGGCCACUAUUGUGAUGGCCGCAGCUGCUAAACAUCUCACACCCGUUACGUUAGAACUUGGAGGAAAAUCUCCCGUAGUUGUGGAUAAAACUUGUGAAAAAGAUAUGAAAACAGUAGCCCGUCGUAUUAUGUGGGGAAAAGUCGUUAAUGCUGGUCAAACGUGUGUGGCCCCAGAUUAUAUACUUGUACAGAAUGAAAUAAAAGAUAAACUCAUUGAAGCAUUAAAAAAUGCAAGAGAAGAAAUGAUGGGUGUUAAUCCAUUAAAUGCAUUAGAAAAGAGUAAUUACCCUUCUAUUGUGAAUAUUAAUCACUUUCAACGGUUAGUUAAUCUUUUAAAUGGUGGAACUGUUGUUUUUGGUGGAGAAAUGGAUGAAUCUAGUUUAACUAUUGCCCCAGCAGUUCUAACAGAUAUUUCUUUAGAUCAUCCACUAAUGACAGAUGAAAUAUUUGGACCUCUUUUACCAAUAAUACCCUUUAAAGAUAUUCAUGAGGUUCUUAACUUUCUCAGCACGAAAGAGAAACCAUUAGCACUCUAUAUCUUUUCCAAUGAUAAACAUUUUAUUAAGGAAGUGGAACAGAAUACUUCCUCUGGAGCUGUUACGGUAAAUGAUGUUCUUAUACAUGCAGGUAUGUGUGGUUUGCCCUUUGGUGGUGUUGGACAAAGUGGAAUGGGUGCCUAUCAUGGUAAAUACUCCUUUGAUACCUUUUCCCAUAAGAAACCGAUAUUACGGCGAAAAAUGGGUAUGGAGACUAUGAACAUCCCACGAUAUCCACCAUACACAAAAGAGAAACUCCGUAUUCUGCGAAAGGCAUUAGAGCCACAAGGAGAGAGAACGGCAUUGGGACGACGACUUUGGUUUUUCUCAGGAAUUCCACAGGUGUGUGCGGUAACGUGUCAGUUCUUAAAAUGGUACUUUACAAGAUCUAAUGAAGGUGGUAAAAGAGAGAAAGAAGAGAAAUGA